GUCCUUCAACUACGCCAUCAGCGAGGGGGUGUACCGCGCCCUGCAGGACAUCCCGCCGGUGGAGCUGGCGCUGAAAGACGGCCGCUUGGCGCUCACCGUGGUGGGGAUCGCUAUCUCGCCGCCCUUGGUGCCCAAGGGGACGCUGUGCCAGGAGGUGAAGGUGUUCCCGGCCGAGUGCCGGGGGCUGCGCAGCACCUACCGCGGGCGGCUCACGGUUGACAUCAGCUGGUCACUGAAUGGCAUUCCACAAGGGUCUAUUAAACAGCCUGUAGGGUACAUUCCAAUCAUGGUGAAGUCCAAAUUGUGUAACCUCUAUAAUCUUUCUCCCCAAGAGCUCAUCCAGCACCAUGAGGAGGAAGAGGAAAUGGGAGGCUACUUCAUAAUUAAUGGCUUAGAGAAAGUAAUUAGAAUGCUGAUUAUGCCCAGGCGCAAUUUCCCUCUUGCGAUGACAAGACACAAGUGGAAAAACAGAGGUCCUGGUUUCACAGAGUACGGGGUAGUACUGCACUGUGUUAAAGAUGAGCACAGUGCAAUAAACAUGAACCUUCACUACCUGGAAAACGGCUGCGUAAUGAUGAAUUUCAUUUUUCAGAAAGAACUGUUCUUCCUUCCCUUGGGAUUUGCUUUAAAGGCAUUAGUUAAUUUCACAGACUACCAGAUUUUUGAAGAGCUGGUCAAAGACAAGAAAAACGACACCUUUUACGUGAACUGUGUUACUGAGAUGCUAAGAGCAGUAGCUGAAGCAGGUUGUUACACACAGCAAAACGUCCUCGAAUACCUUGGAAAGAGCUUCAGAGUAAAACUCAACCUUCCUGAGUGGUACAGCAAUGAACAGGCUGCAGAUUUCAUUUUCAACAAGUGUAUCUGCAUACACUUGACAGACAGAACUGAAAAAUUCUACUUGCUUUGUAUGAUGACCCGGAAGCUGUAUGCUUUUGCCAAAGGGGAGUGCAUGGAGGAUAAUCCAGACAGUCUGAUGAAUCAAGAAGUGCUUACCGCAGGACAGCUUUUCCUUAUGUUCCUAAAGGAGAGGCUUGAGAACUGGUUGCAAUCUGUUAAAUUCAUUUUGGAGAAGAGAACAGAAAAGGCCGAUAUCAACAUCAAUACAGACAGCUUGAUGAAGGCGUUCAGCCUGACCACAGAUGUUACCAAGUCAUUUGAGUAUCUUCUUGCAACUGGUAACCUGCGAUCUAAGACCGGCCUGGGCAUGCUGCAGGACAGCGGUCUGUGUGUGGUGGGGGACAAGCUGAAUUUUGUUCGCUACCUUUCGCAUUUCCGCUGCAUACACAGAGGGUCGGCGUUUGCCCAGAUGAGAACUACCACAGUACGCAAACUGCUGCCGGAGUCCUGGGGGUUCCUGUGCCCAGUGGACACCCCCGAUGGAGAGCCCUGCGGUCUGAUGAACCACAUGACAGCUGUGUGUGAAAUAGUGACAGAGAUGGUUCCUGUGACAGACCUUCCACCUCUGUUAUGUGCUCUAGGUGUUGUCCCCAUUGAUGCGACCCCAAGCAAGCCGUACGCUGAGUGCUACCGCGUGGUGCUGGACGGUGCAGUGGUGGGCUGGGUCGAGUGGGACCUGGCUCCUCAGGUUGCAGAAGCCCUCCGGCGAUUCAAGAUAACACAAGAGAAGAGAUUUCCUGCACGGGCAGAAGUGGUCCUUAUCCCAAUGACAGGAAAACCCAGUCUGUAUCCUGGGUUGUUCAUCUUCACUACCCCUUGUCGAAUGGUGCGGCCUGUCAAAAACCUGCUGUAUGGAAGGAAGGAAUGGAUUGGUACUCUGGAACAGGUCUUCAUGAACGUGGCCACCAUGGAGUCAGACGUUGUGCCUGGAGUCACCACCCACCAGGAGCUCUUUCCUCACAGCAUUCUGAGCGUGGUGGCCAACCUCAUCCCCUUCUCUGACCACAACCAAAGUCCUCGAAACAUGUACCAGUGCCAGAUGGGAAAGCAAACCAUGGGGUUUCCAGUGUAUAACUACAAGGACCGCUCAGAUAACAAGUUGUACCUCCUCCAUACCCCUCAGAGCCCUCUGGUGAGGCCCAGAAUGUAUGACUAUUAUGGUAUGGACAGCUACCCAGUCGGUACCAAUUCAGUUGUGGCUGUCAUCUCCUAUAGUGGCUAUGACAUGGAAGAUGCAAUGAUUGUGAACAAAUCUUCUUGGGAGAGAGGGUUUGCUUACGGAAGUGUUAUCAAGAUGGAGAGCAUUGACCUUUCCCUUAAAGCUAGCAGGGGAGGUGAUAAUUUAGUAUUUGGUAUCAGGCCUGGGGACCCAAACAUUAAGGAGAAGUUGGAUGCUGAUGGACUGCCUUUUGUUGGCUCCAUCCUGCAGCCCGGGGACCCAUUCUACAGCUAUAUGAACCUCAACACAGGGGAGACCUUCACUGUGUACUACCAGAAUAAAGAAGUUGGCAUUGUAGACAACAUCAAGCUGUGCAGUAAUGACCGUGGCACUGGGAAAUUCAAGAAGGCUUGCAUCACCGUGAGAGUUCCUCGAAACCCAACUGUUGGAGACAAAUUUGCCAGCCGCCAUGGGCAGAAGGGCAUCCUGAGCCAGCUCUGGCCUGUUGAAGACAUGCCGUUCACGGAGAAUGGGAUGGUUCCAGACAUCCUCUUCAACCCCCAUGGGUUCCCCUCCCGUAUGACCAUCGGGAUGUUAAUUGAGAGCAUGGCGGGGAAGUCAGCAGCACUGCACGGCGCCUACUACGAUGCCACUCCCUUCACCUUCACAGAGAAAAACUCUGCCUUGAAGUACUUUGGUGAGACUCUGGUGAGCGCGGGCUAUAACUUCUUUGGGACCGAAAAGAUGUACAGUGGAAUCAGUGGCGUGGAGCUGGAGGCAGACAUCUUUGUGGGAGUCGUGUACUACCAGCGCCUGCGCCACAUGGUCUCCGACAAGUUCCAGGUGAGGACAACAGGACCCCGGGAUUCUGUCACUAACCAGCCUGUCAAGGGGAGGAAUGUGGAAGGGGGGAUUCGCUUUGGCGAGAUGGAGCGUGAUGCGUUGUUGGCUCAUGGCACCUCCUUCCUGCUGCACGACCGCCUGUUCAGCUGCUCUGAUGGCUCUGAAGCCUAUGUUUGCACAAGCUGCGGCAGCAUGUUAUCUCCUCUGCUCCAGCGCCCACCGCCUUCCUCCGUGGCAAGCAACAGGAGGUAUUCCUGCAUGCUCUGUGGCAGGAUGGACACCAUCCAGGUCAUCCCAGUGCCCCACGUCUUCCGGUACUUCUUGGCAGAGCUGGCAGCCAUGAACAUCAAGCUAAGGCUCACGCUGGAGCAGUAA